GAGAGCAAGGUGAUCCGUAGGCCGCGAAGGUGAAUCUGUUCUCCGUCGCGAUCGUCCACCGCGAUUGUUAACACUUUGGUGCCUCUUGCGUCGGUACCCAUAGAACAGGAUCGAGUCCGAUCGAUAAUACAUCGCGUUUAAUGCACACGUGCGUGCUCGGUACUCGUGUUUUUUUUCAUUUUUGGUGAAUGAGAUUUAUCUUGUCUCUCGUCCUGCUCUUGUUUCGCGGGUACUUAUCUUUGUUUUUGUUUGUUUUUUUUUUGUGAGUUUUGCACCCUGUGUUUUUUGGAUUGUAUCACUGGACACAUCGUUUUUUUUGUAGGACAAACUACAUCAGAAAGAGCAUGUACUAAACCCAAUCAAAAAUGACCGAAGUUGCUAGCCUUUUACCAAAUAACCAUCGUCUCACUUCAGUGAAGCAUUACGAUGCUGGACCACCUUCAGGAUUAGAAUUGGUCGAACCGGGAGACACUUUUGCUACAACCAAAGAGGAAGAAUGGGUCAGUAAAAAGAAAACCGAAGUUCUAAAUACCAAGCAAAUUGAAACCAGAGUGAAAAGGCAAGUGGUUCUCGAAGAUGGAAAAGUCGUCGAAGAUUCUGGACCUAUGGUCACCACCAAUACGACAGAAGAUACUGAGACACAGGAACAUCAUCAAACAGAGCAUCGAAAACUCGGAGAUGACGAUACGGACGGUCAAAAUGCCCUCGAAGGUGGCCCUGAUACAAACGUGGAUAAAUCGAAAUGGGUUUCAGUGCCGAAUUCCGAUGGAGUGGUGCGCGAAGUCAAAGAACGCCGAGUGGUGUCGAGAGAGGAAACUGAAGAAGUCAAGGAAACGGAGGACGUUCAGCAUUUGGGAGAUAUCUCAGACGAGAGAUUCCUAGCUGCUGUACGAAGUGGCAAAUCUGAUUUGAGAUCUGUUUUAAGAUCAUCUGAAGCUGGUAGAGCUGUAGUAUCUACAGGACCUAGAGUUAUAAUAGACACAACAAAAAGCAAAAAAGUAACCGACACCGAAGACACUAGAGAACUGAGUUCCGUACUACCAGAUGGAAAAAUUGUUACAGAAACUCAACGCACUACCGAGCACGAAGAAGUGAAGGAUGACGAAUUACCAAGCGAUGCUCCCGAUCAAGAUUAUCACAAAGAAAGUUCACAAAGAUAUCUAAAAACUCGAGACCAAGAAGACGUCGAUUACGUAGCUAACGGUAAAAAUAUAGGCCAUGAAAUGAGGUACAAAACGGAAACAAUGGAAGUGGAUAAAAGAGGUGACGAUGAAGUUGAUUUGUUUGAAUCUUUAUCGGCUAGAGCUAGAAGAAGGAGUAACAAUAAUCGACAGCCUCAUAGAUAUAGAGGCCUUGACAAUGGUGUCCAGCCCCAACAAAGUCCUUUGGAUCGUAAAGACGCUCUGACGCGACGUCCGUUGGACUUCGACGCCGAAGAAGAAACCAGAAAAACUGAAACAUCCAAAUGGCUCGAAAAUCAUUUUGGAUCAGAAUCAAGAUCUUCUAAUUCAACUUUGGACGAUGAAGAGCAUCCACCGAAAACUAGUUUUUUUAAUGUAACUAUCAAAAGUCAACCGAGUAGUAACUUACAUCCGAGAAGUUAUGUUACUACUGUUAAAAGCCCUACGCCUAGGGUUUACAGCCCUGUUGAACCAGAAAGAGACAGGAAUCAGUCUGGAUUCUAUAAAGGCAUUACAGAAUGGUCAGAACGUCGUCAGGAACAUCAGUACUCGGCUCAAAGACAAUCUCCACUGCCAUAUCAUCACUCGCCCUCUCAUCACUCGCACUCGCCUCUCCACAUUGACAGGCCCACUCGUUCGCCGAUACCCGAUUAUAUACGACCGCAGCACUCGCCCGUUCCUGACUAUCGUCAACAUCACUCGCCUGUGCCCGAUUAUCGUAACGGACACUCGCCUAGUCCCGAUUAUGGUCGACCUGUUAAGAUAUCUCCUUCACCUAUCAGAGAUCUGGAUGAUUCUCCGACUCCGCCGCAAAGAAAGAAAAAUCUAGAACGCAGAGAAAAAUGCGUGGACAGAUCAGAAAGACGAACUCGUUACGAUAGCGGUUACAGAUCGUCCGGGAGACUCGACGAAAGGGAGGAUAGAGUUGAACGUUUGGAGGAACCGCCGCCGGAUUAUUCGCCGCCAAGUCCGCCGCCGAUGCCCCGAGAAGACAAGAAGCAGUAUCAGAAAACGCGGUUUGCUGCUGAUAUUGCACCGCCCAAAGCUAAAAGUGGGAAUAUUAUUGGUCAGUCUAUUCGCAAGCUAGUCAACAAAAUACGUUCAGCAAGCGCUGAACGUAAGGCCAAACAGCAAAGGGCCAAACGUUCGCCUAGCCCUUCUUAUCAACAAGGACACGUGAUUGAUAAUAACAUCGGACAUAGUAUGGAUAGGCAACCAGUACAGAGAUAUUAUCUUGGUGAAGAUCCAUUUGGUGGUAGCAUCUAUGGUAGGGAAAAUAAAUACGAUGGAGUAAAACCUGCUAGGAGUUCUAGACGACCAAGAGAUGAUGAUCGCGACAGAAGGUCGCAAAGUACACUCGGAAGAUUCAGCAAAUCUACCAGCAGAUUGGUGAAUCGAUCGGUUGAUGAAGAGAGGAACUCGCAGACUUUGCCGAGGCAUUUGAACAAGUACGAACCGCCGACCAGACUCAACGGGAAUAAUCGGUCCAAUAGUACCAUCAACGUUUCGAUUAUUAAUACUGUGACUCCUCCAAGAUUUGUCAACGAAGGUCCAGCUAAACCGGCACGCACCUACAAAUCGAACUUGGCCCGUAGCAAAAGCCUCAUAGUCCACGGCGGUUUGGAUCCGAAACGCAACACUUCAAGCAUGUACACUUCGAAUUCCAGACUGAACGAAAACCCUAGCGGGCUCAAGAGUCCUGGACUUAUUUCAAGCCUCAAUAGAAGCCAGAAAGACAUAAAUGAUGAUAUCUACACGUCUCGUUUCCAAAGAAACGGUGAUAGUGUGGAUGGUGUUAGAAGAUAUCCUGAUACAAAUAAGAACUAUGGAGAAAGGGUUGAAACUAAAAGGGUUUAUACGUCCAAUUUGAAUAGCCGCUCACCCGAUUUCUAUAACAAUAAGACUGUCAACGGAGAUGAAGAUUGGAGAAUAAAAAAUUAUAGUACUAAAACAAUGAAAUCAUCUUCAAGGAAUUUUAAUGGAAAUAAUGAUGUUUUUGAGCCACCCACAAGAUUGAGAGACUCUCAUAUAAUAUCUACAUCCUCACCAGGCCACUCAGUUUUACGUCGCGGUAGUACUUCUAGCACAGACUUUUCCGAAACUUAUCAUACGACUACAAGAAGCGAUGAUCCUCAUCGUCCCAGCGUCACCAACACAGUGAAAACUGUAAGCAAAAAAACGAUUCCUAGUAAAGAUGGUAGAGCCUUAGAAACUAUCGAGUCUAGUGAAACCAAGAGUGUCACCAAAAGUCACUAUAGAAGCGGUAAUAGAGGUGAAUCGCCCAGUGUGAAGUUUUAUGAAAGUGACCGGAGAUAUGAUAGCUCUAAGCCGGUGGUUAUCGAAGUUAGGAACUAUAAAAAGUAAUCUUUGUAUAUUAUUUUUACGUGCCAUGCUAAUAUUUUCAGUUGAAAAUGAUGCCAUGAAGCGUUUUUCAUAUUAUUUAAUGACAUUUGUAGUUUUUACUUGCCAGUCUCAUAACGUUUAUAAUUCAAUAUUUGAAGAAUAACAGUGCUUUAUUAUGUAAGUUAGAUUUGUUUUGUAAGUUUCUAUAUUAUGCUCUUUAACUGCUUUGAUGAUAAAUAUAUUUAUUUUGUACCCUUUAGCCAUAAAAUUGUAAAUAAUAUAGAAAUAGUACGUAAUAAUAAAAAAAAAAAUUCUAACUUUGAAUAGAUUUAUGUGGAAAAUAACAUGGUUUUAGCUAAAGAGUUGCUG